UCCGCGGCGCUGGAAAGUUUGCGGGCGGCGCAGUCGGGAGCGGCUCCCGCAGCGCUCGCACGCCCGGCCCGCCCCGUGCCGGCCCCCGGCCCCGCGCCUCACCGACCCCCGCACCGCCUCACACCGGCCUGCCCGGCCCCGCACGGCGCGGGCAGCGCCGCCCCUCCGAGCUCCGCCGCCGCCCGGCCAUGCGCGCCCGCUGAGCCGCAGCAGAGGCGGCCGCCCUGCGCUUCGCUCCCUGUGUUGAUUUUUUUUCCUGCCGUAUUCGCUGGGGUUGUGUGUUGGUUUUUGCGCUCUCCUGACGCCCCCCGCGGGCGCGGGGCGGCGGCGAUGGGCGCGGCGGCGGGCGGGCGCUCCGCGGGGCGCUGAGCGGGCGCGCAGCGGGCGCGGGCCGCGCCAUGGCCGCCAAGGACAAUCCCUGCAGGAAGUUCCAGGCCAACAUCUUCAACAAGAGCAAGUGCCAGAACUGCUUCAAGCCCCGCGAGUCCCACCUGCUCAACGACGAGGAUCUCAACCAGGCCAAACCCAUUUAUGGUGGCUGGCUGCUGCUGGCCCCGGAAGGAACGGACUUUGACAACCCCGUCCAUCGCUCCCGGAAAUGGCAGCGUCGGUUCUUCAUCCUCUACGAGCACGGGCUGCUGCGCUAUGCCCUCGACGAGAUGCCAACCACCCUCCCACAGGGCACCAUCAACAUGAACCAGUGCACAGAUGUGGUGGAUGGGGAGAGCAGGACAGGGCAGAAGUUCUCCUUGUGCAUCCUGACCCCGGAGAAGGAGCAUUUCAUCCGGGCCGAGAACAAGGAGAUCAUCAGUGGGUGGCUGGAGAUGCUGAUUGUCUAUCCCAGGACAAACAAGCAAAAUCAGAAGAAGAAGAGGAAGGUAGAGCCCCCAACUCCCCAGGAGCCUGGUCCUGCUAAGAUGGCUGUGACCAGCAGCAACAUUCCCAGCGCUGAGAAGGUCCCUGCCACCAAGUCCACGCUGUGGCAGGAAGAAAUGAGGGGCAAAGACCAAGCAGAUGGGGGCAAUGGCAUUGGCCCAUCCCAGAGCCCCUUGCAAGGCCAGGCUGGGGCUGCCAGCUCCAUGAAGGAUUCUGUGCUGGACAGCAAGGAAGAGGAGAGCUCCAUGAACGGAGACCGGAUAGACUGCGGGCGGAAGACGCGUGUCGAGAGCGGCUACUUCUCCUUGGAGAAGACCAAACAAGACUCCAAGCUGGAAGAGCAGCAACUGCCGCCCCCACCAAGCCCACCCAGCCCCAGCACCCCGAACAACAGGUACAGUUAUCCCAAAUCGCCCUCACAGGAGCAUGCCCAGCCCUUUCCUUCCCCAGGUAUCCGAUCAGGCGACCGAAUGAUUCACAGCUUCUCUCUGAACUCCUUGGACUCGAAGAGCAGUUGCCCCAUGCACAAGGACUCCAGCAGCAGAGAUGUAGGAAGGGGAGCUGAAAAAUCGGGGCGUCCCCUUUCUUUUAAAGCCAGCCGGCAGUACACCACCCUGGCCGACGUUCCCAAGGCCAUUAGGAUCAGUAAUCGUGAGGCCUUCCAGGUGGAGAGGAAGCGGCUAGAGCGGAGAACCCGGGCUCGUAGCCCUGGGAGAGAAGAAGUUGCCCGGCUCUUUGGGAAUGAAAGAAGGAGAUCCCAGGUGAUUGAGAAAUUCGAGGCACUAGAUAUUGAGAACGCGGAGCACAUGGAAACGAACGCGUCGGGAGCUGCUGCCCUUUCCAGCGAGACGCGGCAGGGCAGGAGUGAGAAGAGAGUUUUCCCACGGAAACGGGACUUCACUUGUGAAGGAGCAGCCGUGGGCUCCAUCCUGGACGUGUCUGCGUCACCUCUGUCCCCACACCGCCGGGCAAAGUCACUGGACAGGAGGUCCACAGAGUCCUCUAUGACGCCUGACCUGCUGAACUUCAAGAAGGGCUGGUUGACAAAGCAAUAUGAGGAUGGGCAGUGGAAGAAGCAUUGGUUUGUGCUGACUGACCAGAGCCUGAGAUACUACCGGGAUUCAGUGGCAGAGGAGGCAGCUGACCUGGAUGGAGAAAUCGAUUUAUCCACGUGCUACGAUGUCACUGAGUACCCAGUUCAGCGGAACUACGGCUUCCAGAUCCAUACAAAGGAAGGGGAGUUCACCCUCUCUGCCAUGACAUCGGGCAUCCGUCGCAACUGGAUCCAGACCAUCAUGAAACACGUUCGCCCCACCACUGCUCCUGAUGUAACAAGCUCGCUGCCGGAAGAGAAAAGCAAAACAAGCUCUUCCUUCGAGACUGGUCCAAAGCCGAGCGAGAAGCCGGACGCGGAGCAAGCCGAGCCGGACACGGAGCAGAAGCGGAGCCGCGCCCGCGAGCGCCGGCGAGAAGGACGCUCCAAGACCUUUGACUGGGCAGAAUUUCGCCCCAUCCAGCAGGCCCUGGUGCAGGAGCGUGCCAACGCUGCAGACUCCUCCGGCAGCGGCUCGGCCGCCUUCCCCAGGGACAGCGGAGCCGCCGAUGCUGACCCAGGAGAGCUGGAGCGGGAGCGGGCGCGGCGGCGCGAGGAGCGGCGCAAGCGCUUUGAGAUGAUCGAUGCCGUGGACGGGGCAGGGCCAGAAGAGGCACUGAGGAUGGAGGUGGACAGGAUCCUGCCCGUCCCAGCAGACAUCAAACCGCAGAACGUCCACGUGGAGAUCGAGCAGCGCUGGCACCAGGUGGAGACCACCCCACUGCGGGAGGAGAAGCAGAUCCCCAUCACCCCCCUGCACCUCGCCGAGGACCGGGAAGAGGGGCUGGCGAAGCAGCACCUGACCACGCUGCUGGAGAAGGAGCUGGAGCAGAAGCAGAAGGAGGCCCUGGAGCUCCUGGAGCAGAACCGGCAUCUGCAGGAUCAGCUGAAAGUGGCUCUGGGCCGGGAGCAGAGCGCCCGGGAGGGCUACGUGUUGCAGACCGAGGUGGCCGCCUCGCCAUCAGGUGCCUGGCAGAGGCUCCACAAAGUCAACCAAGACCUCCAAAGCGAGCUGGAAGCCCAAUGCCAGCGUCAAGAGGUGAUCAAUCAGCAGAUUCAGUCUCUGAAGCGCAGCUACGCCGAGGCCAAGGACGUGAUCCGGCACCACGAGGCCGAAAUUCAGAGCCUGCAGGCGAGGCUCAGCAACGCGGCGGCCGAGCUCGCCAUCAAGGAGCAGACCCUGGCCAAGCUCAAGAGCGACCUGAGGAGCGAGAAGGAGAAAGCCAGAGAGCAGCUGGAGGAGUGGCAGCACGGCGAGGCCGCGCUCAGCUCCCAGCUGAAGGCCAGCGAGCAGAAGCUGAAGAGCGCAGAGGCGCUGCUGCUGGAGAAGACCCAGGAGCUGCGGGACCUGGAGAUGCAGCAGGCUCUGCAGAGGGACCACCAGAAGGAAGUGCAGCGGCUGCAGGACAGGAUCGCAGACCUCAGCGGGCAGCUGAACGCCAGCGAGCAGGCGCGGGUCCUCAUGGAGGAGAAGCUGCAGAAGAACUACGAGGCUUUACUGGAGAGCUGCGAGAGGGAGAAGCAGGUUUUGAUACGGAGCCUGAAGGAGGUGGAGGACAAGGCCAACGAGUACGAGAACCAGCUGCAGAACAGCGAGCAGCAAAUGGAGAUUCUGCAGAAGGAGAAGCUGAGCGCCAAGUUCGAAGGCAGCGAGCUCGUCCACCAGCUGGAGGAGCAGCUGGCCAUGAAGGAGGCCAGCAUCCAAAAACUUGCUGAGCACAUCAAGGAGCUCGAGAGAGAGAGGGAUCAGAUCAAGUGCCGCUUCCACGAGCUCAUGAAUCAGGUGGCCGAGUCGGAUAACGAAGUUGCAAAGCUGCAAGCGAAGUUGAAAACAGAAGAGACCAACUACCACAAUCUGGAGCAGUCGUUUGAGGAGGUGUCAGAUCAGUUCCGGGGGGUGCAGGAGGUGCUGAAAGAGAAAGAAGAAGAGUUAAGACACGUUAAGGAAAUGCACUUGAGAAUUGUGGAGAAGAAAGAUCAAGAUCUCAGUGAGGCUUUGGUUAAAAUGGUUGCUUUAGAUAGCAGUUUAGAGGAGACUAAAGUAAAGCUAAAGGCCAAGGAGGAGGCUUUAAAGAAAUUAGGUAGUGUGGGCACAGGUCCAUGUGCUGAGGAGGCAGAAGACCUUGGCCCUGGUCUUGAGGCUGACGAAAGUCAUCCACCCCAACUGGGGCAGGCUCUGCCUACUCAGGAUGUCCUCCCAGCUCUGACUUAUGCACUGAAGGAGGAGGAGGAUGAGAUUCUUGAGACUAGUCAGAGGCAAGUGGAGGAGUUUGGCUCCCCAUCUAAAGCUGUAGAGCUCCAGGACCAAGAGUUGGUUCAGAAAGCUUUAGCAAAGCCUGAUGUGGGAGUUAUGGGGGCCAAGAGGCAAAGGAUCCGUUUUUCAAGCAUCCAGUGUCAAAAAUACAUCCAUCCAGAUGGAUCAGAGAAAAACUGGACAAGCAGUACCUCUUCAGACACAAGCCAGGACAGAUCUCUGUCUGAAGAAAGCAUGUCCUCUGAGCCAGCUCUGGGUUACCCCUCAUCGGGGACGAGCGAUUCUGAGACUUAUCUCUCCAUCAUCCACUCUCUGGAAACCAAACUGUAUAUCACAGAGGAAAAGCUCAAAGAUGUGACGAUGAAGCUUGAAAGCCAGCACGGCCAUAACCAGGAGACGCUCAUCGCCCUCCACCAUCAGUGGGCCAGCACGGAGUCCCAGCUGCGGGAACAGCUUCAGACCAGCCUGUCCCAAGUCAAUGCUUUGAUCUCACAGCUGGAGAGCGAGAGGCAGGAAAAGCUCAAGCUCAUAGAAAGUCACGUCAGCGAGCUGGGAGGUUUCCAGAUGAAAAACGAUCAAGCACUGACUUGCUUAGAGAAGUGCAGGGAGCAGCUAAGAUCCUUGCCCAAAUCAGACAAGGAAAAAGAGAGUGAUUUGUUCCUUGUUACUCUUUCCAGCAUGGAAACAACUUUAUCAAAUGCCAUCCAAGCCUUGAGUGGGGCGCCAGUCCCAUCAGAGUAUCAGCAGAGUGAAAGCCUCACCACGGAGAGCCCCGCUCCAGAAGGAGGGGAUCUGGGAGAAGAGGAGCACAUCUCCAGGGAGCAGCAAGCAGAUGUGUUUGACACUGGCCAGCUAAGGUGGCUUUCUGAGAGGGUGGCGUUUGAAGCCUCUCUCAUCAGCCAGAUAGCAGAGUCUUUGAAAAAUGCGAGCUCUGAGAUAGCCCAGCUUCUGAGAGAGAUCCAGGGAACGGCCGAGGUGGUUUUGUUGGAGCCAGCGAGUGUUUCUCAUACAGCCAAUGACUUGGUCAGCAUUCUGUCUAAAAAGCUGCUGCUGGAAGGGGAGUUCUGGAGCCAGGUGGAGGAGCUGAGUGUACACUUGAGCACUAGAGAAGGAGAAGAUGAGGGUAAAACUGAAACAAGUUUGGGCUUUUCCGCAUGUUUUCUCAGUACUGUAGCAGAUGCUACAUUGAUCAAGGCAGAACUUGGGUUCGUUGCAGAGAAAAUGAGAGAAUCUUUUCAUCAGAGGUUAAAAACAAUUGAAGAAGAGCUCCAUAAUACCAAAACAGCUCUCCAGCAGCACAAGUGCAUGUUGGAGGAGAUCAUCAAAGCAUACAGGACUCCUGAAUUUGACAGAGUUAUGCACCAGAUUUCUGAAGCACUUGAAAUACAGAAAGAUGCUUCAGAAAGAACCCAGAUCUCUUGGGAUGGGAGCCGUGUCCAAAUGGUGCCAUGCCAGAAAUUAGCCAAGGUGGAGGAGACUGGCAGCGCACCAGACUGUAGUAGUGAAACUCUUGUUUCCAUUCAGGAAGAUCUUGCCCAGCAACUUAAGGACAAAUCCAAUGUUCUGAAGGAGAUAUCUGUUGCCUUACUCUCUCUGCCUCCCGAGGAGGCCAUGAGAGACUGUCAGAAGCUCCUGAAGAUAUCCCAGAGUCUUUCCUACCGUUCGUGCAUGGGAGACCUGGAGCGGUAUUCGUCUCUGUUAGUCCACGAUGCCAUCGUUCAGGCUCAGGUUUGUUACGCCGCUUGCAAAGUGCGGCUGGAGCACAAGAGGGAGAUGAAGUCAUACAAGGAGUCCUUGCAGGGCAUGGAUGCUCUGUGCCAGGAGCGCGUGAAGACGGUGUCUCUGCUGCGGGACGAGUACGAGGAGCUGCUCAGGAAGCAGCAGGGCGAGUACAGCGAGGUGAUCGCCGUGCUGGAGAGGGAGAACGCUGACCUCAAGGCAAAGGUGUCCCAGCUGGACAGCCAGCGGAGGCUCUUGGAGGAGGAAGGGCACGAACGCAGCAAGAGCCUGAGCGAGCUGCAGGGGCGCUACGAGGAGGAGAUCCGCAACGUGAUCGAGCAGCUCAACAGGACUGAGGAGGCCCUGAAGGCCGAGAGGAUGGAGGGGCUCAGCCAGCUGGAUGCCAUUGUCCGUGACAAGCAGAACAUGGAGCAGUAUCACCUGGAGCAGAUGCAAACGCUGGAGGAAAAGUUCCAGGCCAAGAUUAAGGAGCUGCAGGCCAUCCACGGCGAGGAGCUGCAAGCGCUGCAGGAGCAUUACAGCCAGAACCUGCAGCGCCUGCAAGAGACCCUGGAUGAGUACCAGAGGCAGCACCCCGAGGCAGCCCCUGCAGUGGCCCCAGGCCCUGGGGACACCUGGGUGGCUGGAGAGGCGGGUGGCACCGGGCAGGACCCCGGCAGCGACCCGGACUCCAUGCACGGCCUGAGGGAACGCAUCCAGGAGCUGGAGGCCCAGAUGAACGUCAUGAGGGAUGAGCUGGAGAACAAACAUCUGGAGGGGAACGCUUCCACUUUGAGGGAAAAAUACCAGAAGGACUUUGAAAACUUAAAGGCAACAUGUGAGAGGGGCUUUGCAGCCAUGGAGGAGACACACCAGAAGAAGAUCGAGGACCUGCAGCGGCAGCACCAGCGGGAGCUGGAGAAGCUGCGGGAGGAGAAGGAUCGCCUGCUGGCAGAGGAAACUGCUGCCACCAUCUCAGCCAUCGAAGCCAUGAAGAACGCGCACCGGGAGGAGCUGGAGCGGGAGCUGGAGAAGUCCCAGCGCUCCCAGAUCAGCAGCGUCAACGCCGACAUCGAGGCCCUCCGCAGGCAGUACCUGGAGGAGCUGCAGUCGGUGCAGCGGGAGCUGGAGGUGCUUUCAGAGCAGUAUUCCCAGAAGUGUUUGGAGAACGCCCACCUGGCGCAGGCGCUGGAGGCUGAGAGGCAGGCCCUCCGCCAGUGCCAGCGGGAGAACCAGGAGCUCAAUGCCCACAACCAGGAGCUGAAUAACCGCCUGGCUGCGGAGAUCACGCGAUUGCGGACCCUGCUGACCGGGGAGGGCGGGGGAGAGGCUGCUGGGUCGCCUCUCACGCAGGGCAAGGACGCCUACGAGCUGGAGGUCCUGCUGCGGGUCAAAGAAUCCGAAAUCCAGUAUCUGAAGCAGGAGAUCAGCUCCCUCAAAGACGAGCUGCAGACAGCACUGAGGGAUAAGAAAUACGCCAGCGACAAGUACAAAGACAUCUACACGGAGCUGAGCAUCGUGAAGGCCAAGGCAGACUGUGAUAUCAGCAGGUUGAAAGAGCAGCUGAAAGCAGCCACAGAAGCUCAGGGAGAGAAAUCCCCUGUGAACACCACUGUAUCGGGAUAUGAUAUUAUGAAAUCAAAAAGCAACCCUGAUUUCUUGAAGAAAGACAGAUCCAGUGUUAGCCGGCAACUAAGGAAUAUCAGGUCAAAGAGUCUGAAGGAAGGUCUGACUGUGCAAGAACGCCUGAAGCUUUUUGAAUCCAGGGACUUGAAGAAAGACUAGUUCUCCCCGCUCCGCUUGACCACGCGCACCUCCCAGCUUGAGGCAGCACAGCACCAGCACCGUUUGUCUCUCGUUCCUUGCGAUGUCCUCGCUGUCGUUCGUCCUGACGCCCCGACGGGACCCGGUGGUGCCCCCCCUCGCCUCCCCAGCUCCUUUCCCUGCUUGUGAGAUGCUCCAGAGACUCUGAGAGGGAGAGGAAGGGAUUGGAGUGGGGUUUUUCCCCCUCUCUCUUUGGCGCUUUGUAGGAGAAUCCUUUCUUUACUGUAAACCAUUACACUAAGUGUCAGUAUUAAGGCUCAGUAGCCUGUUAAUAAGCUAUAGCUCUGUCGGGAAGAGCGAGCAGGGCCUGGGUGAUGUCAGCCAGACCAAGCUCUUACUGCUGUCUAGAGACCCCGUGCUCAGAGCACACCAGGAGCCUGAUCUAACCAUUGAUCUCGACUGCAUUACUUGCACCUACAAGGGGGAAAGCCGGGGGAAGCUGUCGGGGAGCGCCAGUCCGCGCCGGCAGCCUGGAGGUACAACACCGACGUCUCGCUGGAGAAGGAUGCAAGAAGUGAUUCUCCUGCCCCGUGACUGUGCUGUAUCCUGAAUGUAGGUGCCACUGAAGCCUGGCAAGCUUUGGUGGCUGCCCAGGUGGUUUGGAUGGGGAGCUGCAGCUACUGAAGUGCACCAUUGAGUCGGCCCCGUCGGCGCGUCAUCGCUCCCGUGUCCUGCUGGUCGGAGUUGGUGUUCCAGGGGCCAAGCUGUAAGAUCACUUUCUUGCCUCUGUUAGAUCAAGCCCAGCACUCUUUUUUUUUUUUUUUCUUUUUUUUUUUUUUUUCUGCUGUUACUCCCUUCCUCUCAUUGAAUCCCGUGUAUCCCAGGGUCUGUGCGCAUGUGAAACUCCCUUUUCCUAGUCAAAGGAAAGUAGAGUAGAAAGUAGAGCCAAUAUUGACUGAAAAUGCACAGUGCUCAAUGCAUAUAAUGCUCCUUUUUUACCAGCUUCUUCAAUUCAACUCUUCUUGUCAGCAGGGCAGCUCCUAUUUUAAUUCUUUAAUCUUUUCCUGAAAUAAAAGUCUCAAAACCA